CCCGGCUCCCGGCGGCCAACCUGUGUCUGCGGGGCGGCGAGCGGAGCUUCCUCCUGUCAGCGCCGGGCCGCGCCGGCCGCCCGCGCCUUCCGCCCGCGAGACUCUCGGCGGGGCCCCGGGCGAGCGGAAGGCUGCGCCGAGGAGGCCCGCGCGAUGCGCUCGUCGUCGGCAGCGGCGGCCCCGGCCGGCUCGCUGUGGGGGGAGUCGCUGCAGGCCCUGCCGCCCCCCGCCGCGCAGCCGCCGCCGACGCUCAACCGCCUGCCCGAGCCGCUGCUGCGGCGCCUCAGCGAGGGCUUGGACCGCGCGCCCGAGGGCCGCGGCUGGAGGCGCCUGGCCGAGCUGGCGGGCAGUCGGGGGCGCGUCCGCCUCAGCUGUCUCGACUUGGAGCAGUGUUCUCUUAAAGUCCUGGAGCCUGAAGGAAGCCCCAGCCUGUGCUUACUGAAGCUGAUGGGGGAAAAGGGGUGCACAGUUGUGGAACUGAGUGACUUCCUGCAUGCUAUGGAGCACACAGAAGUUCUCCAGCUUCUCAGCCGCCCUGGAUUAAAGAUCACUGUAAACCCAGAAUCAAAGGCAGUCUUGGCUGGACAAUUUGUGAAAUUGUGUUGCCGGGCAACUGGACAUCCUUUUGUGCAAUAUCAAUGGUUCAAAAUGAAUAAGGAGAUUCCCAAUGGAAAUGCAUCUGAACUUGUUUUUACUACUGUACAUGUAAAAGAUGCCGGCUUUUAUGUCUGUCGAGUUAAUAAUCAUUUUACCUUCGAGUUCAGCCAGUGGUCGCAGCUUGAUGUCUGUGAGGCCACAGAAGUAACAGGAAGCUUCCAAAGAACUUGGGAUGGUGUCUCUGAAUCCAGAUUGCAGAUCUGUGUGGAACCUAAAUCCCAAAAACUAAUGCCUGGCAGCCCCUUGCUGCUACAGUGUGUAGCUGUUGGAAGCCCCAUUCCUCACUAUCAGUGGUUCAAAGAUGAGUCACCGUUAAUACACGAGACCAAAAAGCUGUAUAUGGUGCCGUAUGUGGAUUUGGAGCAUCAGGGAACCUACUGGUGUCACGUAUAUAAUGAUCGGGAGAGUCGAGACAGCAGGAAGGUGGAAAUCACGAUAGGAAGAACAAAUGAGGCAGUGGAGUGCACGGAAGAUGAAUUACAUAAUCUUGGGCAUCCUGAUAAUAAAGAACACACAACUGAUCAGCCUUUGGCAAAGGACAAGGUUGCUCUUCUGAUAGGAAAUAUGAACUACCAGGAGCACCCGAAGCUCAAAGCUCCUUUGGUGGACGUGUAUGAAUUGACCAACUUGUUGAGACAGCUGGACUUCAAAGUGGUGUCACUCCUGGACCUUACUGAGAACGAGAUGUGCAAUGCUGUGAAUGAGUUUUUACUGCUUUUAGACAAAGGAGUCUAUGGAUUAUUAUAUUAUGCGGGACAUGGUUAUGAAAACUUUGGGAACAGUUUUAUGGUCCCUAUUGAUGCUCCAAAUCCAUAUCGGUCUGAAAACUGUCUGUGUGUGCAAAAAAUACUGAAAUUUAUGCAAGAAAAAGAAACAGGACUCAAUGUGUUCUUGCUGGAUAUGUGCAGGAAAAGAAAUGACUACGAUGAUACCAUUCCCAUCUUGGAUGCUCUGAAAGUUACUGCCAACAUCGUGUUUGGAUACGCCACGUGUCAGGGAGCAGAAGCUUUUGAAAUUCAGCAUUCUGGAUUGGCAAAUGGAAUCUUCAUGAAAUUUUUAAAAGAUCGAUUAUUAGAAGACAAGAAAAUUACUGUACUGCUGGAUGAAGUUGCAGAAGAUAUGGGAAAAUGUCAUCUCACCAAAGGCAGGCAGGCGCUCGAGAUCCGGAGCAGUCUGUCUGAGAAGCGGGCACUCACCGACCCCAUCCAGGGGAGCACGUGCUCUGCGGAGUCUCUGGUGCGGAACCUGCAGUGGGCCAAGGCGCAUGAACUUCCAGAAAGCAUGUGUCUUCAGUUUCAGUGUGGCGUGCAGAUCCAGUUAGGAUUUGCUGCAGAGUUUUCCAACGUCAUGAUCAUCUAUACAAGUGUAGUCCACAAACCCCCUGAUAUAGUAAUGUGUGACACCUAUGUUACCGACUUCCCACAUGUCCUAUAUAUUGAUCCAAAAGACACAAAUAAAGGGACACCUGAGGAAACCGGCAGCUAUUUGGUGUCCAAGGAUCUCCCCAAACAUUGCCUCUACACCAGACUCAGCUCGCUGCAGAAACUGAAGGAACAGCUUGUCUUCACCGUGUGUUUGUCGUAUCAGUACUCAGGCCUGGAAGACACUGUAGAGGAGAAGCAAGAGGUGAAUGUUGGGAAACCCCUCAUCGCCAAGCUGGACAUCCAUCGAGAUCUGUCCUCCUUCCACACCUGCUUUACGUGUAGCGACCCAUACCCAAGCUCGGCCUCCAUGGCGGCGGGAAGUUACCAGUCACAGGAUCUCUUCUGUGGGGCUUACCAGUCACACCUGGGCAGUCCCAGCCAUGUGGUGCCAGCAGACAGCUGCCACUGCAGCCGGACUGCAGGCACCUUCCUGUCCAGUCACCAGAGCCACCACUAUUCCUGUCAGUUUGGCAGAAGCAACGUGCCUGUGGAGACGACAGACGAAAUCCCUUUCGGCUUCUCUGACCGGCUCAGGGUCUCUGAGAAAUGACCUCCUUGUUUUUGAGCGUGAGCCCCAUCACUCCUUUUCUCCUAUGCACCAAGUUCUCACUUGAAGUAAGGUACAGCCAGGGCAGCCAUGCAACUGUGUCAAGAGUCUGAGAACUUGUUAUUUAACUCAGGUUUCUCCCUCUUCAUCUCUCCUGCUUUGGAUUCUGUAAAUUGGUUUAUUUGUGCUGUAAAAAUGAAGAGAGGAGAGAGAGAGAGAGAGAGAGAGAGAGAGAGAGAGAGAGAGAGAGAGAGAGAGAGAGAGUGUGUGCAUGUGUCUGUGUGUGUGUGACAAAAUGUGAUGGUAUUUUUAUUCUGACCACUGUGAGGUAAGAACUGUGGGAAAGGUAUUGUGAUAGAAUAAGUUGUCAUAUUCUGAGAACCAAAAAGAAAACCUUGGUGGCCAUCACACUUGGCGCAAUUCCUCAGUUAAAGAUACGUUGAUGGCAUCUUGUCCAGGUGAGAGCCAGCUGUAGACUGGGACUCCCACAUUCUUCUCCAGUACCUGGUCCCCUGCAUCCUGCCUUCCUGACAGGUUCUACAAGGCAUUAUUUUUGUAGAUAGAUUGAAAGGUAGAAAUGUAAAUGUGAGUAUCUGUAUAUAAGUUAUAAAUAUGCAAACAAUCGUUUGUGGUUUUAAGACUGCUACAAAUAAUGGUUGAGAUUUGUGUGUAACUCUUUUAUAGAACGGACACCUUGCCUAGUGAUGAGGUUGUGAAAGCACCUUGGAGGCGGUGUAUUGUUUGUAUUAGAGCUACACAACAGGACCAGACUGCUGCUGGAUAAUUUUGUUCUCACCAACACUGGGCAUGUGUUUUCUUGUUAAAUUUUAUUGGCUUUUGAGAAGUAUUCUUAUCGCCUUUGGUUCUAGCUAGAAGCAAGUUUAAAAGGCAGCUAACAAUAACAGAGAGAUAUUGAUUGAUUUUAUUAAAGGUUAUUUUUGUGGAGGCAAAGGGGUUGAACAACAUUACAUGAUGCUCAGGAUCAAACCCGCACUUUUCACAUGCAGAGCAUGCCACCAGCCCCUCCCUGCCCUCAUUUAAGUAAUUCUGAAGCCUCACAUAGAGAAAAAUCUCAGGUCUGAUUGGCAUCACUGGAGUUUUCUAUCAGACAUUUGUAGAGUUAGCACCAAUCCUUUGCGAAAUCUCCAAGAACAGAAGAGGUGCAAACACUUCCAAACUCAUUUUAUGAGGCCAAUAUUAUUCUAAUACAAAACCAAAGUUAUCAUGAGAAAAAACACAGAUCAAAAAGUAUUAGAGGGGGCUGGAGCAAUAGUACAGCGGGUAGGGCAUUUGCCUUGCAUGUGGCCGACCCGGAUUUGAUUCCCAGCAUCCCAUAUGGUCCCCGAGCACAGCCAGGAAUAAUUCCUGAGGGCAUGAGCCAGGAGUAAACCUUGUGCAUCGCCGGGUAUUGACCAAAAAAGCAAAAAAAAAAAAAAAAGUAUUACAAAUAUAUAGGGGCUGGAUCAUCAACAAAAUACUUGCAAAUCAAAUCAAGCAACAAGAAUGCAAGGUUAGUUUGACUUCCAAAAAUAGAUACAAUAGGUGAAAGAUUCUUCUUAUUCACAGUAACUGUCUUCUGUCAAGUUACCAGGAUACAAAUUACAGAGCCUUUGCUCCUUACACAGAUGUGAUGUGUUUACAGCACACCUCAGAGAUUAUUACAUGUUUAGUUCUAGAACACUAUGAUAAAGAAACCAUCAUGAUAAAGCAAGUCAUACAAAUUUCUUCAUUUUCCUAUACAUAUAGCAAUUACAUUAUCAAAUGUUUUGUUUUUGAUUUUGUUGUUGAGCCACACCUGGCAGUGCUCAGGGCUUACUCCUGACUCUGGGCUCAGGGGUCACUCCCAGCAGAGCUCAGGGGACCAUAUGGGAUGCCAGGAAUAGAAUUGUUCUCACCAACACUGGGCAUAGCUUCCUUGAUAACAUGUGUUUUCUUGUUAAAUUUCAUUGGCUUUUAGGAAGUAUUCUUGUCACCUUUGGUUCUAGCUAGAAGCAAGUAGAUUAGUCACAUGCAAGAUACACCUUUCCGGCUGUACUGUCACUUUGACCUCGAUCUAUGAAGUGCGAUAACAUUGUAUCUAAAAGACAGAAUAGAAAGUUUAGGGCACUUGCCUUGGCAUGUGGCUGAAGAUGCAACGCUGCUUUGAAUCCUGGCAACACCCCGAAUCUGCAUACUGCCAGGGACAGUCCCUGAGCACAGAGCCACGAGUAGCCCCAGAGCAUGGCUGGGUGCAGCCCAAAAGCCAAGGCAAAACAAAGCAAAACAAAAAACCAGCAAACCCAGUGUCAUACUGUAAUUAAAUGUGACAUAAUCACAAAGUGAACACGUGCUGUUGGGAACAUGACAGUGCUGUGCUUGGUCCAUGGAGGGUUGCCACAGACCUUCGGUCUGCAAAACACACGAUAUCUACAAAGGGCAAUGGAACAAGUAUGCCAGUGUACAUGCCUCAAAUUCUAAUUUUAAAUCAUAAAAACAAUUUAUCCUGGUAUAUUUUGUUUCAUUUUCCAAAAGAAAAUGAGGAUCAGAAUUAUUAAAUGACCAUCUCCAGGCACCCCACUAACCUAGCAUCUGGGUUCAGAACCUUCCAGCUGGCCCCAGAGACAGAACUGGUUCCACUCUGCCCCACCCCUGCCUUCUCCAGCCCCUGCCUCAUCUGAAGAGGAGCUGAAACAAGGCAGCAAAGCAUUGACUUUUUCACCUUCACCUAAAAUCCACGGAUAAGGGAGCUGACUCUCGGAUCUUGAAUAAAGAGAACCAACUAUAUCACACUCAUGAGGGACCAGAGUACUUGUGUGGAAUGAGUACUGGCAAAAUACAGCACCUUCUCAUGACAAAAUAACCAACACACUAGGCACAAAAAGGAAUCUCGUAAAGUUGACAGAGGGCAUUCCCAACAACCCCUCAUCUAACAGACUUAGUGAAUUUUUCCCAAGAUCAAAAUAAGAGAAGGAUGUUUGUCCACACAUCUUCUCUGCAACACGGAACUUUCAGUGCUAAUGAGUGCAGUUAGGCAGGGAAGAGAAAUAAAAGGCAAGUAGUUCUUUCACAUGACAGUGUCCAUUUUUUUUUUCUUCAUGAUGCACAGGGAUUACUCCUGGCUCUGCACUCAGGAACUACUCCUGGCAGUGCUCGGGCGACCAUAUGAGCUGCUGGGAGUUGAACACGGGUCAGCCAUGUGCAAAGCAAACACCCUACCCGCUGUGCUAUUGCUCCAGCCCCAGGAUCAGUUGAUUUUUAGCAAGGCUGCUAAUACCAUCGGAGGAGAAAGAGCAGUCUGCCACAAAUGGCCAAAGGACAGCCGUGUGCUAACCUUAGAGCAUCUACAGAUUUUAUUCAAAUGGAGAGCAUGUAUUUAAGAGGGAAAACUGAAACUUUUACAAGAAAACACGUUAUCUCUGGGCCAAGCAGUGGUUCCUCUAGAUGCAACACCAAAGAAUGCCUCGCAUGUGUGAGACCUGGGUUUGAACCCUGCACCAGUUGUCCCUAACCCCAUGGUGGCCCCUGAGCAUGGCCAGAAGUGGCCCGUAGCACUGCUAAGUGUGGCCUCAACAACAUUAGAAAAAAAUGUAUUUUUAUAUAAAAACUCAAGCACCAACAGGAAACUAAUAAUUUUACUCCAUCAGGAUUAACUUUUGUACUCUCUAAACCACACCAUGAAGACAUGGAAAAGAUGGAGUGUUUUUUUUUUUUUAAUCUCUCAUGAGCAACUAGUAUCCAGACUACAGAAAAUACUUACAUGAAUUAAUAAUAGGACAGUGCUAUGUUCAGGCUUAAUCAUACUCACUGGAUGAACUUUGUGUGAUCGUGGAACUACUCAGUAUCUCCCUUCUCCAGCACCGCAGCCUCUAACUCAUGGAUGACUGGGUAGUUGAAAUAUAGUUCAUGUGAGGAAUUGCACUCUCUCUCUCUCUCUUUCUCUCUCUCUCUCUCUCUCUCUCUCUCUCUGAGACACUGUUUUGGGGUCACAACUGGUGGUGCUUACUCCUAGCUCUGUGCUCAGGGAUCACUGCUGGGGUUCUUGGAGGACCACAUAUGGUGCCUGGGAUUGAACCCAGACAGACCAGGAGCAGGGCAAGCGCCUUAGGCACUGUCCUAUCACUCCAGCCCUGCGUUUUCUCAUUUUAGAUUGUAUUUAAACAGCGGCAUGCCACUGAGGAGCCCCGCAGUCCCCAUGCUGCUGUGGAGAAUGGGGGUGGAGGUAGGAUGAAGGGACUUCUGCCUCAUGUUCAGCUCCUCUCUAUAUUCGCAUUGCUUUUUAAGAAAAUAUGUAUUUAUAGUUUUUUUUUAAAUUCUAAAAAUAACUUUAAAAGUAAGCCAGAGAGAUAGUAUGGGGCUCAGCUGCUCACUUUGCAUGCGGCCUGCCAGGUUUGAGCCACAGGAAUGAUCCCUGAACACUGCCGUGUGUGGCCCCAAAACCAAAAUAAAGUACUAAAAUA